CUCUCCGGGGUGCCGCAGGGGGCCAAGCCGUGUCAGCAGUGGUAGGCGGGCCAAGUUCAGUUCUUUCGGUAUAUACGAUGUCCUUUCACCACAUGCUGCGCCUGCUACACAGGGAGCUCUCUUUGUUCUCUAGAAGACUAAACAGGCCCUGGUGGAGAUCUAUUUCCAACAGUUUUGCACUUCAUUCAGAGAAGAGUGUGCCAGAUUUCAAUAGCUUUGCUGCUCGGACCAACACUUGUGGAGAGCUGCGUUCUGCUCAUGUGGGCCAAGAUGUCACCUUGUGUGGAUGGGUUCAGUACCAAAGGCAGAACCUGUUUUUGAUUCUGAGGGACUUCCAGGGCCUGACCCAGCUCAUCAUUCCACAGGAUGAGGCAUAUUCCCAUGUAAACAGCAUCUUAUGCAAUGUCCCUAUGGAGUCUGUUUUAAGAGUGACCGGAACAGUCUGCUUCCGGCCUCCAGAGCAAAAGAACCCAAGAAUACCGACAGGAGACAUUGAAGUGAAGGUGAAGACUGCCGAAAUCCUAAACUCCUGCAAGAAGCUACCAUUUGAAAUUAAAGAGUUCACCAAGAAAUCUGAGGCUUUGCGUAUGCAGUAUCGUUACUUGGACUUACGCAGUUCCCAGAUGCAGUACAAUCUGCGACUCAGAUCCCAGAUGGUGAUGAGAAUGCGGGAAUACCUCUGCAACCUCCAUGGGUUUGUGGAUGUUGAGACUCCAACACUAUUUAAGAGAACCCCAGGGGGUGCGAAAGAGUUCCUGGUACCCUCCAGGGAGCCUGGGAAAUUCUACUCUCUGCCUCAGAGUCCUCAACAGUUUAAACAGCUGCUCAUGAUUGGAGGUCUGGACAGGUACUUUCAGGUCGCCCGCUGCUAUCGAGAUGAAGGUUCAAAGCCAGACAGGCAACCUGAAUUUACUCAGAUAGAUAUUGAGAUGUCAUUUGUAGACCAGUCUGGGAUCCAGAGGCUGAUUGAGGGCCUGCUCCAGUAUUCUUGGCCUGAAGAGAAAAGCCCCAUAACCAUCCCUUUUCCUUCCAUGAGCUAUGCUGAGGCACUGGCUGCUUAUGGGACUGAUAAGCCAGACACUCGCUUUGGUAUGAAGAUAGUUGAUGUCAGUGAUCUGUUCAGGAGUGUGGACAUUGGAUUAAUUCAGAAUGUUCUCAGGAAGCCCCAAGGCACCGUCAAAGCCAUUUGUGUUCCUCAGGGGGUGAGAUGUCUUCAAAAUAAAGAUCUUGAGUCUUUAAAGGAAACUGCAAAAUCCCGGUUUAAUCAGGAAGUUUUACACUUGGUCCUGGGAUCUGAUGGGAGCCUGAAGUCUCCAAUGAGUAAAUUUCUCAACAGGGAGCAGCAGUCAGAACUCAUCAGAGCCCUGAACAUUCAGGUGGAUGAUGUAGUGCUGCUGGCAGCUGGAGAACACAAGAAAGCGUGCUCUGUAUUAGGAAAUCUGCGCCUGGAGAGUGCUACCCUUCUGGAGGCAACAGGACUAGUGCUCCGGGAUCCCACUGCUUUCCACUUCCUGUGGGUGGUGGAUUUCCCCCUGUUCCUUCCCAAGGAAGAGAAGCCUGCAGAACUGGAAUCUGCUCACCACCCCUUCACAGCUCCCCACCCAUCUGACAUCAGCCUCCUCUACUCUGAGCCCACAAAGGUCCGUAGCCAGCACUAUGACCUGGUGCUGAAUGGCAGUGAGAUUGGAGGUGGCUCCAUCCGAAUUCACAAUGCACAGCAGCAGCGUUUUGUUCUGGAGAAAGUGCUGAAGGAGGACCCUGAGCUGCUUUCUCACCUGCUUGAGGCUUUGGCAUGUGGAGCACCCCCGCAUGGAGGAAUUGCUUUAGGACUUGACAGGUUGAUCUGUCUCAUCGUUGGAGCUCCAAGUAUCCGAGAUGUCAUAGCUUUCCCCAAAUCCUUCAAGGGAUAUGAUCUUAUGGGAAGUGCUCCAGACCAGAUCGCUCCAGAAGAACUAGAGCCAUACCAUAUCCGGGUUGCGUGGCCUGUGGCAGAAGUAGCAGCAAAAAAAAACUGAUUCAGUGCCAGUGAUUUGAGGCUGUUCAAACUACUGGGAUUAUUUCCACUCUUAUCUUCCAACUGCCAAAACUUAGUGCAGAAACAUCAACUGGUCUAAGGUAUAUACCAGUUGUUUUCGCAUUGAUGUUCUAGAAGUGAAAGAAACGAUAUGAGGGCACUACUUGCAAUAGUGACUGCUCUUUUGGGGACAGCAGUGGAGGGAGUAAAAAUGGAUAAAAGAC